AUGUCGACGCAUGCACCUACAGUCCUAACGUCUAUACCGCUCUCGCCCGCAGCCGCACUGUCUGUGCCCGCCCCCGUGGCUGUCGCUGUGGAAGAGGUCGAGCCUGUCGUCGCAACUGCAGUGGCCAACCUAGUUACCGACGAGGAGAAGGCUCCCGAGUCUACUACUACCGCCCUCGCCAUUAUAGAGCUUAGCACGCAAGACCUCGUUGACUCCGUGUAUGGCACGCUACCAAUACCCACGAUCAUUUCUGAGUCGUUGGACAUCGCCGUUCGUUGGGAGCUAUAUUAAUUUUCGUGCAUUUACAGUCCAGGUAUGUUCUUCUCUCGC